CAAUCAAUUCGAGCUCCGGAUCACGCCAGGUGUGCCUUUGGUCUUUUCUUCCUCCUGUGGCAGGGAUUUCACUCAGGGAAUGCGACUGGGAUUGUCGCGGCCAUGACAGUGGAGGUGGUUGUGGAAAAUGGAGGCGCCGAGGCGUCGCCGGCGGCCAAGAUUGUCACGCUGGAUGUUAAGCGGCAAGGCUCUGCCGAGAUUAACGUUACUCCCAAUCCUUCCAUGGAGGAUGAGGGCGAUAGGAUCGAUCUAGUCAGAGAUUCCGAAGGGAGAUGGGUCGUGCGGUGGUGGAAGGCUCGAAUUUCACGGCCUUUCAUGCUUAUCGUUCGCAGAGGAACUGAGCCCAGGCAACUUGCCUUUUCUGCCGCUUUAGGCGUGACACUGGGAGUUUUCCCGAUCUAUGGUGUGACGUUAUUUUUGUGUGCGAUCGCAGUUUGCGUUCUCAGAUCCAGAUGCCACGCUCCAACUUUGAUGCUCACGAAUUUCGUUGCUACUCCACUAGAGCUCGCGCUGUUGAUCCCUUUCCUGCGGCUGGGAGAAUGGCUAACGAACGGUGGACACAUAAUGCUCUCGUCCAACGCUCUCUGGAAGGCCGUUACUGGAAAAGCCACCAAAUCUAUACUUUUAAGCCUUCUCCAUGCGCUUGUUGGCUGGGCUGUCGCAGCACCUGCGAUCAUGGCCCUCCUGUAUUUCUGUUUCUUGCCCAUAUUCAGCUGUUUGAUCCGGAGAUACGGAGCAAAAACAGACCCCGGUCUUCAGAUUGGACUUCUCGAAGAGGAAGAGCAGUCGAGGGAUACUUCAAGCUAUCGUUUCUCUUCACUAGGAGCUGAUUCGUCCUCCUCGUCGGUGCCUUUCUCUGGUGCCGCUGGCGGAGGAUUAACCAAGAGUUGAAGACCAUAGAGCGCCAAUCCAAUGGCGUCGGCAGCGAACACAAAGGUAGCGAGGUAACAUAUCCCACUUAUAAUAGUUCUGCAUGAGACGAGAAAACAGAAAGAACGGUUUCGAGAGUCAGUGACAAGGAAGAACUCAGGUACGAAAGAGUACCUCACAGUCACCGCAAUGUUCCUUGUCUGUGGUGAUCAAGGCACAAACAUGUCAGCGGCAGAAACUUGCAUCAAAGUUUUCACUUACAGCA